GUAUUUCACAUGGGGCACGCCGGAGCGCUCAUCCACUCGCGUAAACGACACUGUUGCUGCCAGUCCUCCGCGUCUGCGUCUGCUUCAUGAUAGUCCCCAGUGACAGCAAGGAAGGCAACACGGCUCUUAUUCUUUUCUUUUUUUCGAUUUCUGUCAUAAAAUUAUUGGACGGCACAAUGAAGCUGAAAACAUAAGUUCAGGACACACGCGGAGACGGACGCUUGUUUUUUUCAGCAGAUAAGCAUCGCCGGGAUGCAGAAUUGAAGUCUUGAAAAGUUUGUCAUCACCAUGUCAAAGCCAAUGGAUCACGUAAAACGUCCUAUGAAUGCCUUUAUGGUGUGGUCCCGAGCCCAAAGAAGGAAAAUGGCUCAAGAAAACCCCAAAAUGCACAACUCUGAGAUCAGCAAGCGGCUGGGAGCGGAGUGGAAACUUCUGACAGAGUCUGAGAAGAGGCCGUUUAUAGACGAGGCUAAACGACUUCGCGCCAUGCACAUGAAGGAGCACCCCGACUACAAGUACAGACCGAGGAGGAAGCCAAAGACACUCAUGAAGAAAGACAAGUUUUCCUUCCCGGUGCCCUAUAACCUCGGGGAACACGAGGCGCUCAAGGUGAGCGGCCUGUCUGCUGGAGCUCUUUCGGACUCUGUCAUAGGAAACCCAGAUAAAGCGGCGGCUGCAGCUGCUGCAGCUGCGGCGCGUGUUUUCUUCAACCCGUCCAUGUCCACGAACCCUUAUUCCUUUUUCGAUCUGGGAUCCAAAAUGACUGAACUUACACCACCUUCUUUCCCGUACGCCUCCCCGUUAGGGUACCCACCUGGAAGCGCUACAGCCGCUGCGUUCGCAGGGGCAGGUGGCGUGGGCGGAGGCACGCACACUCACACGCACUCGCACCCAUCACCUGGGAACCCGGGCUACAUGAUCCCGUGUAACUGUACGGCGUGGCCCUCAGCGGGUCUCCAGCCGCCUUUAGCCUACAUUCUGCUGCCUGGCAUGGGCAAACCUCAACUUGAACCUUACCCCGCGUACGCAGCGGCGUUAUGAUAGGACACCUUCAAUAAUGUGAACUUACCACGAAGAAGAGAAAAGUUUUAUUAUGCAUGCACAAACUUGUACAUGUGAUGAAGUGCUCGUGAUCUCACAUAUCACAUGUGUUCUGUAUAUGAUUAUACCUUUAUCUAUAAGGUUAUUAAGACACUUUCUGGACAAUACGAGCUGGAAGCACUGGCUCAAAAUGGAAGAGUUUUGAAAAUGACUGUAAAUGUGUACACAAGAAAACAAUCGCCUCUUUGCCACUCAAGGCUUGUGUUUUACAUAGGGCCUGUUUCACUUCCCCGGUUUAGUGUAUAUAUCUAUUUUGAGUUUUACCCCCAAAAACCUGUUUAUAGAUGUCUGUAAUAUUUAUUGUUUUAGUGGAAUCUAUGGUGAAGAAAGCUACACUGGAUAUGUCAUAUUUGCACAUGAGGGUGUAAGUUAUUUCUCUCGUCCAACACACUGGCUUUAUUACGAUUCUAGGCAACUUUUUUUUUUACCCCUUCGCCCUUAUUGCUCUUAUCUUGUGCUACAGACAAAACAGCGUUUUAACUAACUCUUAUGGACUUUGUAUGUUUUGUGUUUUCUUUCAAACAUCCCUUCUGUAUUUCAAUCUAUUGCUACUUGUUGAGCGUAAAAAAGGACGCAAAAAAUAAAAGCGGAUGAACGGAAAGCAAUACACUUCUCGAUGAGAUGAACAAGAUUGUUAUCUAUUUGUCCUUUUUUUCUUCUCCUCUCUCCCUUCUGGCUUCGGUCUGGUCCAGGUGAAGUGUAAGGUAUCCUCUAAAGGCCGCUUUUGUCUGCGCUUUGAAUGCCAUUACUACGGUGUGUGUGCGUAAAAGUGAAUCUAAAUCAAGCCAUUGUUAUCCGGAGCCAAAGUCGUAUUUAUCACAAUUUUAAUCGUGAAUGGGGAGGAAGAUAACACCGUUAGCUUUUCUUUUUCCCACAUGCAGAGACAAAAACGUAUUUGGAAAGAGGAACAAGUGCGCCUUUCAAAACGAGCCGAGCGCGUAAUAUUGUCGAGGAAAUGACAAGUGGAAAGAAAGUACAGGUGUGUGUGUGUGUUUUAACUGUUGGUAGCUAUUAGAUCUAUGACAUGUAACCCGAGUGACUGAGACGAACUGAAAGAGGGAAAGACGCGGAUUCAUAGGGAUCAGAGCGAUUAUGCAAAAACUAAUUUGGACAGUCCAGGGAUAAUUACCUCCGUCACGCUUAAUUAAACCCUUUCAGUGCUGCGUUCACCAUAGUGACACCCCCGGCCUAGAACCUAACCUCCCCUCUCCUCACCGCCCCACCCACCCUCCUCUGCCACCC